AUUGUUGUCAACAAAAACACAUGCUCGUUUUUGAACAUUUAUAAAAUAAUUAAAUAUCAAGUUAAUUACACAUUUGUCAGCUUCAAUUUACAUCAGAAUUAAUAUAAUUCAUCAUGCCUCGUUCGAAAAGAGAUAAGAAAGUUUCGCUCACAAAAACUGAUCGCAAAGGAUUAGAGCAUAAACAGAAGGUAAUUGAGGAGAUACAGGAAUGCACUGAAAAGUAUCCAAAUAUCUAUGUAUUUUCUGUCGAUAAUAUGCGAAAUUCCACAUUAAAGUACAUCAGAAAUGAAUGGAAGGGAUCAAAAUUCUUCUUCGGUAAAAUUGCAGUCAUGAAAUUAGGACUUAAGAAUGCAGACGUUAGUGAUGAGCUAAUAGAAAGAUUGGAAGGACAGAGAGGAUUAUUGUUUACAAAAGAAGAUAAAGUGACAGUUUGUGACUGGUUUAAGGAAUAUUCAACAGAAGAAUUUGCUCGAGGUGGUUUUAAGGCACAAGAAACAGUUGUUCUUCCAGAAGGUCCACUUCCUGAUUUUUCCCAUGCCAUAGAACCGCAUUUAAGAAAAUUAGGAAUGCCAACAAGCUUACAAAAAGGAAUUGUUACACUAAUUGGUGAAUAUACAGUCUGUAAAAAGGGACAAACUUUAACACCAGAACAAGCAAAAAUCCUGAAAUUGUUAAGCAGACCAUUAGCUAAAUUUAAGGUCAAUGUUGAAUGUUGUUACUUAAAAGAUAGCGGUUUUGAGAGCAUAAUUAAAGUUGUAGAUGAUUCAAAGAAGAGUUUGAAGAAGUCAAUGAAAGCUAAGGACAAAAUUGCAACUCAAAAGAAUGGCAAGAAGGCAAAGAAAUCUGACGAAUCUGCAACAAUGGUAAUUGAGGCAGUAGAUUCAGAUGAUGACGUAGAGCUUGAUGAGAAUGAAGAAGAUAGUGACGAGGAUAUGGAAAAUUCAGAUUAAAUGAAUUAAUUAUUUUUUCUAAUGAAAUAAAGUUUAUGAAAUAUG